AUGGACCAAGCAGAUAUCCCAGCGCUCCUGUCGCGUCUGGCAAGCGAGGAAGAUGCGUCACGGAAAAUGGCCGUCUUCAAGCUCCAGAGCUCAAUCAACGACCCAUCCUUCGCCGAUGUCUUCAUAUCCUCGGGUGGCCUUGCCGUGCUGCGACGAUUGAUCAUGACCUCGAACGGAAAUACACUCGCCUACUCGCUGCAGAGCCUGACGCGGCUUCUCGAGGUGGAUAUGGGGUGGGACAUCUUUGACGGGCCGACAUCGAGCGACCUCGUAGAACGGAUCGUGGAAUUGAUUGUGAAGAACCCCCUCGUUAACAUUCUGAGGGGUGCCAUGUCGAUCCUCGUGUCUCUGGUGGGCCAUUCGCAGUCGCAGGGGCGGGCCAGCUCCGUGCCGACAACCAACGUCUAUGGCUUCCGGGCACUGAAGCCUGCUGUUGCUGUGUAUCCCCAGUUCUUCGAGCUGGUAAUACAGCAGCUUCAGAGUGCGGACCACGCCCUCUGUGCGAAUGCGCUCAUGCUGAUCAAUGCCCUGAUUCGCGAUGCCUUGUCGGGCAACAGCUCCACCGAGCCAAGCUCGCCACAGGUGCAGUCCAACGGGGCGGAUGGUGAGGACUGGGCGAGUCGCAUCAAGCUUCUGCAGGAUCUGGGACUUAUCAAGGCUGUGUUCAAUCUUAUGAGGAGCUCCGCCUUGCAGGACUUGGCUCUCCCGCUGCUGGAAUUUCAAUCUUUGACCAAGGUUCUGCUGAAACGGUGGAGGAGCGUCAAGGUGGAUGUAGAGCGGACAGAGCAUCGGCGUGCGCUCAAGGGCCUUCAUCUUGCAAGCGCACCCGAGCGAGUUAAUGGGCAUUCAAAGGAGGAUUCUGGCGGACCGAUCCGCAAGGGGAGCAAGCGCCACAAUCCAGAGAAGUGGAGGAGGCUCGGCUUUGAGACGGAGAGCCCCAGCCAUGAGUUUGAGCUGGCUGGCUACCUGGGCCUCAUGGAUCUGGCAGAUUAUGUCCGAAGAUAUGAAGAUGAAUUCCAAAAACUACUGCUUGAGCAGGCUUCGAAGCCGUUUGCAGAGCGACUGCCGCUUGCUCGUGCCAGUCUGGCGGUUACUCUGAUUCUGUAUGAUCAUUUUGACGUCGGUGGGGUCGACUUGGAAGACACACGAACACUACAGACGAUUGAUAGGACAGACUACGAGAGGUUGUUCCGACCGUUAUUGCUGCAGUGGUCGCGGUUGCAUGCAGCUGGCCUCCAUGGGUUCUUCCGCGUGUGGAAGGCCACGGGUGCAACGCAGGAGGAUUUCGACAAGGUUGCCGAGCUGGCUCGCCUGCUGAUCGAGCAAGUGGUUGGCCAGGCUACACGGAGCAUAGAAGUGCAGGAAGCCGAGGAGGAGAUGCAGGAGUACGACGUUCCACGACUCCGCGACCUGCAGAUGAGCCUGCUUGACUUCUCCUUUGAAGAGAAGUGGGGGAAGCACCUAUACCAAGCGAGGGAGGAGCUCAAGCAGGAGGCGCUGCAGUUCGUCAAGGAGCAGCGGGUGAGGUGUCUUCUUGAGGGUUCAUGGUUCCUACGGCCUACAGCCAAGACCAUGCCGUGGCGGUUCGCCAAGCUAUCCUAUAAUCGGCGGUAUCUGCACUACGCAGACUUCGAAGCCCAACCGGAGAGAAACCCCACGUUGGGGAACAUGCCAGAAAAGAUUGCACUCAAUACCAUCAGCUCCGUUGUCUCCAACAUCUCGGCGUCACCCGAUGAUGAGAUUAAAAGCAGUGCCAGCGAGUCCAACUUAUCCAGGAGUACGAUCGUUCUUAACGUACCCAAGCCAACUACUAAGAUUACAAUAUUCAGCUUCACGGGCCCAGCCGAAGCGGAGAAAGGCCUCGAAGGCAAGGAACAGGCGCUUCUCAGUCUUUGGCCACUUGACCACAGCCUCGCAUCUGAGUGGCUCGACGGACUGCUCAUGCUGCUCAAGCAGGCACCCAUUACAGCUGAAACAAACAAGUUGGUGAACCUCGUGAGCGAGUAUGGGCUUAAGAUCCGAUUGCUCAAUGUGCGGAAGGAAUCUGCAUUUGAAGGUCCGCCGCCCGGGGCCGGCGUGAUACCGAGCAGACAAGGCGUGGACGAGGACUACUUCUUCGAAAUUUGA